AUGGUUCAAAUGAAAGUUACCGCUGCUGCCCUCAUCGCUGCUGCUGCCAUCGCCCCCGCUGUUGCCACCUAUUCUUACAAUGACGACUCGCUUGUUGCUCGUGAUUUCGAAGAGUAUGAAGACUUCGCCGCCCGCGCUUAUGACAUGGAGCUUGAAGAGCGCGAUUAUUACGAUGAGCUUGAGGAGCUUGCUACCAGGGAAUUAGAGGACUUCGACCUUGAGGCUCGUGAUCCCAUCUUGGGCUUCAACCACGCCAAGAAGUGGUUCAAGAACAAGUUCCGCGGCAAGAAGCAACAGCAAUAUGACGAGUCCCAGUCCCAGUAUGAACGCGACUUCGACGAGGAACUCGAGGCUCGUGAGUUCGACGACUUUGAGCUCGAAGCCCGCGAUUUCGGUGAAGAGGGUCACCAUGGUCAGGGCGGACACCGUGGUCAAGGUUCCCACCGUGGCCAAGGUUCUCACCGUGCACAGGGUGGCCACCGCGGCCAGGGCUUCCGUGGUCAAGGGGCUCUCCGCACUCAAGGUCACCGAGGACAGGGCCACCGUGGUCAGGGUGUCUUCCGUCACCCCCAUCCCCACCAGGAACAGCAAUCUGAACAGUCUUCUCAAGAGGCUCGUGAAUACGAUGAGCUCAUGACCCGCCACUACGAUGAGCUCCUCGAGCGCGAGCUCGGUCUUCUCUCCGACGAGGAAAUUCUCGAGCGUGACGGUCUCCUUUCCGACGAGGAGAUCCUUGCUCGUGACGGUCUACUUUCCGAUGACGAGAUCUACUCUCGUGACGACGAAUACGAGUUGAUGCAGCGAGAGUACGACGAGCUCAUCGCUCGUGAACCCGGCGUCAUCGAUUUCUUCAAGAACCUCUUCAAGAGCAAGAAGCAGAGGGAGGAGGAGAAAAAGAAGAAGGAAGCGCAGAAGAAGGCUGAGGAGGAGAAGAAGAAGGCCGCCGAGGCUCCUAAGGCGGACGACGCUUCUGCUGCUCCUGAAGCUCGCGAAUACUACGACAUUUAUGAUGAGCUUGAUUAA